AUGGAUUCGAGUGCUCAACAAGACAGAAUAUCAAAUCUACCAGAUGUUCUUUUGGUCCUCAUCAUUUCAUGCUUGCCUUUCAAGGAAUGUGUUCAAACCAGUGUCCUCUCCAAGCGGUGGAGAUCACUCUAUCUUGAGACGUGGAAUGUUUCUUUCAAGGAAUCCGACUUCUUGAGCCCUUCUGUCUACGCAGAUCCCCUAAGGUGUUAUAUGGCGAGGAGUGGUUUUGUUGAUUAUGUGCGUAGCUGGGUCGCUAGAAUCCAUGAUCAGCCCAUCCAUACGUUCGGGAUCUCCAUCUCGGAUCCAACGACUUACUUGGAUGUGAUCGAGGACCUGAUAGCGUUCGCGGUCCAAAAAGGUGUCAAGAACUUGGUUCUUGAUUUCUCAAACCCGGCGUGGAGAACCAUUAAUAAUGUAAACCAUGAUGAGUUGGUUGUUGAAAUCCCACAAAGCGUCUAUGAUCUAACGACUCUCGAGUCGCUGAAAGUUUGCGCGUGCAAGAACUUUGACCCAUCAAGGCUAUCAAACCCAGGGAAGCUCAAGAGCGUCUAUUUCGGCUGGAUGGAACUUAGAAGGCUUGAGAGUUUAACUAUCAAAGAGUGCGAUAUUGAUUUCGAGAUGAUAUUGGUAGCAGGGGAUAUGAGAGAAGUUGCAAUCAAGAACUGCGACAUUUAUCGUAUGGCUUGCACCUUUGACCUCCCAAGAGUUGACAUAUUCAAAUACUCUGGAGAUAUUUUCUGCUUUCAUUUCGAUAAUAUGAAUACCAUCAUAAGCGAAGUUGAAUUGGAUUUUGGGGUAUUGGACAAUGAAAAUGAUGAAUCAAACGACUCAUACAAUGCAGAAGGAGUAAUGCUUGGGGAGCUCCUUAAUAAUCUCUUUGAUUAUGGUGGUCGAUCUGCUACGACCUUAACGGUCUGUCCGUUUCUACUCAAGGUGAUUACAAGAUCUGCACAAUGUCAACAUCAUCUUCGCCCGAUGGAAAAAACAAAACAUUUAGUGCUGAAGACGAAACUGCAUCCAAAAGAGUUCGAUGGAAUUAGGUAUCUUCUCGAUAAUUUCCCAAACUUGGAAAAACUCACUAUAGAUUUGCUUCCUCCAAGCCCCAUUGCGACGGCUUCAUCAUAUGCUCGCAUCGAUCCAAAGACAUACUGGAUGCAAAACAUAUCAUAUAAGUGUCUGAGAGAAACAUUAAAAACUUUAGUAGUGAAGAACUUUGGUGGUGGCGCAAACGAGUUAAACAUAAUGAAGUAUUUCAUACGAUCGGGAUGUGAGUGUUUGGAAAGAGUUGAGCUAUACAUGCCGUUUGAUUUGGACACAAAUCGAAAGAUGUUUGCAAAUGCCAGAUCUGAGAUGUUGCAACGAAGUUCGAAGGAUGUUCACGUUUCUUGUGAACAAUUCUUGAAGAGAUAA